UUGAUUGUGUGCACUUAUCCCAUGUGGCCAGCGCCCAACUGCUUUCAUGUGCACAGCACUGAUAGUGGAGCCUACAGCGCAGGUGGAGUAGACUGCAGUGCACACCGAGCGGAGGCUGGACAUGGAGGGGAUCACAGACGAGGAGCUGCACAAUUUUCUCAUCAAUACGGGGGAUGUCCGCCACCGCCGUGUCUCCCGAAUGGUGGAGGAGGUGCAGAGCAUUAUGCUGGAGCUGACAACACAGAUCAGUUCCUGGGACUCCAGGUUUUACAGCAUUUCCAACUCUGGGAUCCACAGCGACAACCUGAAGGUUUUGGCUCCGUCACAGUUCCUGGUGACUAUUCCUCUACGGGGUUUGAGUGGAUUUCGUCAGAAGAGUUCGAGGCGGUGGCGUUACUACACCCCCAGCGGAGUACGACUUCUGAGCCCAGUGAUGGAGCCGGAGAAGCUUCACCAGUGGCUGGAGGUGGAGCACUUCCAGAAAACCAGUGCACACUGGCAUGACACCGACGUCUCCAUCCAGGGGGACCUAGUGCCCGCACGUGUAAUCAGCGUCCUCCAAGGACUCCUCCAGCGAGCCAUCCCUGCCUGUAACCUGAACAACAGGGUGAGCGUGUUUGAGUCCAUUGGUUCCACUAUCCGAGUGACCGUGGAGACCUCUGAGCAGAUGGUGGAGGUGGAGCUGCUCCCGGCCGUUGAGAUUCCAGGUUGUUGGCCUCGGAAGGCACGUUGGCCUCGGAAGGCACGUUGGCCUCGGUUCUUUAAGAGAUGGCCCUCAAAGGACAAAACGCGGUGUGUGAAGUCUUUUGGCUUCGACCUGAUUGCUCGAAGAAAUUAUCACUGGCAGCUGUCGUUCCUGCGUGCAGAGCGCCUCCUGCUGGAGGGAAUGGAUGAUGAUGGAGGGUGUCGGAUGAAGUGUCUACGGGUGGUCCGGCAGCUGAAAGAAGAUGUCUGGUGCCCGGGAUCUCGCCCUGUUAUCACCUCCCAACAUCUGCAGAUGAUUCUCCUCUGGGAGUGUGAACGGAACCCUUCCUCUAAGUCUUGGAUUGAUUUUGGCUCCAGCUUCUUACGUCUUGUGCGCAGACUCCUGAAAUGUUCGCAGCAGCGGUUCCUGCGCCAUUACUUCGUCAGACGUGCAAAUCUUCUGAAAUAUUCAGACGCCAACCAGUUAGACAAGCUGGCUGACAAGCUGAACAGAUUCUUGAAGUGUCCUACUCUGAAUCUGUCUUCAUCGUAUGAUCACAGCUCUGUCUGCUGAGACCGCCCCUGAGGAGCAAUCAGACAGCAGUCAUUCACUGACUAGGUACCACCUCUACAAGGAAAUAACCAGACAUCUCCACUUGUGUCCUCAUGGAUCUGCUGAGGAUGACCCUGACACAUGUAAGAAUUAAAAUGGAUAAAGACUGCAGUACCCUGCCAGUAGUCCACCCAGUGGACGUGUUGCGGCCUGUCCAGGAGUUGUGGUGCUACAUUUCCAGUGGUGGUGGCACUAUGAGCCAGGGGACACUCAUCUGCCCCCCAGGUGAUGUCUGCAAAUGCUUGUGACACCAAGUGAAGAAUGCUAUACCUGUCCACCCCGAUCUGCUCUAUGGAGAAAUCAUGUGUCCAUCUAGUCCAGUGUGUAUAUCAUCCCCACAUUAUGUAAAAGACACAUCUGGUUUCUCUUGGGACGGUAAAUGAUGAAACGAUAAUCUACACAUAUCCAGUUGUUCUGUGGUGGGGUUUACUGAUGUGGGGAUGAUCUACAGACAUCUUGUUCCUCUGGAGCAGAGGUGAACUUAUAUGAGGAUGAUUAAGAAACAUCUAGUUCCUCUAGGGCAGGUUAACUGAUGCCAGAUGAUCUACAGACAUUGAGUUCCUCUGUGGUGGGGUUUACUGAUGUGAGGAUGAUCUACAGACAUUGAGUUCCUCUGUGGUGGGGUUUACUAAUGUGAGGAUGAUCUACAGACAUUGAGUUCCUCUGUGGUGGGGUUUACUGAUGUGAAGAUGAUCUACAGACAUUGAAUUCUUCUGUGGUGGGGUUUACUGAUGUGAAGAUGAUAUACAGACAUUGAGUUCCUCUGUGGUGGGGUUUACUGAUGUGAAGAUGAUCUACAGACAUUGAAUUCCUCUGUGGUGGGGUUUACUGAUGUGAAGAUGAUCUACAGACAUUGAGUUCCUCUGUGGUGGGGUUUACUGAUGUGAAGAUGAUCUACAGACAUCGAAUUCCUCUGUGGUGGGGUUUACUGAUGUGAAGAUGAUCUACAGACAUUGAAUUCCUCUGUGUUGGGGUUUACUGAUGUGAGGAUGAUCUAUAGACAUUGAAUUCCUCUGUGGUGGGGUUAACUGAUGUGAACAUGAUCUACAGACAUUGAGUUCCUCUGUGGUGGGGUUUACUGAUGUGAAGAUGAUCUACAGACAUUUAGUUCCUCUGUGGUGGGGUUUACUGAUGUGAAGAUGAUCUACAGACAUUGAGUUCCUCUGUGGUGGGGUUUACUGAUGUGAAUAUGAUCUACAGACAUUGAGUUCCUCUGUGGUGGGGUUUACUAAUGUGAAGAUGAUCUACAGACAUUGAGUUCCUCUGUGGUGGGGUUUACUGAUGUGAAGAUGAUCUACAGACAUUGAGUUCCUCAGUGGUGGGGUUUACUGAUGUGAAGAUGAUCUACAGACAUCUUGUUCCUCUGGAGCAGAGGUGAACUUAUAUGAGGAUGAUUAAGAAACAUCUGGUUCCUCUAGGGCAGGUUAACUGAUGCCAGAUGAUCUACAGACAUUGAGUUCCUCUUUGGUGGGGUUUACUGAUGUGAGGAUGAUCUACAGACAUUGAGUUCCUCUGUGGUGGGGUUUACUAAUGUGAGGAUGAUCUACAGACAUUAAGUUACUCUGUGGUGGGGUUUACUGAUGUGAAGAUGAUCUACAGACAUUGAAUACUUCUGUGGUGGGGUUUACUGAUGUGAAGAUGAUCUACAGACAUUGAGUUCCUCUGUGGUGGGGUUUACUGAUGUGAAGAUGAUCUACAGACAUUGAAUUCCUCUGUGGUGGGGUUUACUGAUGUGAAGAUGAUCUACAGACAUUGAGUUCCUCUGUGGUGGGGUUUACUGAUGUGAGGAUGAUCUACAGACAUCGAAUUCCUCUGUGGUGGGGUUUACUGAUGUGAAGAUGAUCUACAGACAUUGAAUUCCUCUGUGUUGGGGUUUACUGAUGUGAGGAUGAUCUACUGACAUUGAAUUCCUCUGUGGUGGGGUUUACUGAUGUGAGGAUGAUCUAUAGACAUUGAAUACCUCUGUGGUGGGGUUUACUGAUGUGAACAUGAUCUACAGACAUUGAGUUUCUCUGUGGUGGGGUUUACUGAUGUGAAGAUGAUCUACAGACAUUUAGUUCCUCUGUGGUGGGGUUUACUGAUGUGAAGAUGAUCUACAGACAUUGAGUUCUUCUGUGGUGGGGUUUACUGAUGUGAAGAUGAUCUACAGACAUUGAGUUCCUCUGUGGUGUGGUUUACUAAUGUGAAGAUGAUCUACAGACAUUGAGUUCCUCUGUGGUGGGGUUUACUAAUGUGAGGAUGAUCUACAGACAUUGAGUUCCUCUGUGGUGGGGUUUAUUAAUGUGAGGAUGAUCUACAGACAUUGAAUUCCUCUGUGGUGGGGUUUACUGAUGUGAGGAUGAUCUACAGACAUUGAGUUCCUCUGUGGUGGGGUUUACUGAUGUGAGGAUGAUCUACAGACAUUGAGUUCCUCUGUGGUGGGGUUUACUGAUGUGAAGAUGAUCUACAGACAUUGAGUUCCUCUGUGGUGGGGUUUACUGAUGUGAAGAUGAUCUACAGACAUUGAAUUCCUCUGUGGUGGGGUUUACUGAUGUGAGGAUGAUCUACAGACAUUGAGUUCCUCUGUGGUGGGGUUUACUGAUGUGAAGAUGAUCUACAGACAUUGAAUUCCUCUGUGGUGGGGUUUACUAAUGUGAGGAUGAUCUACAGACAUCCAGUUUAACUGCUGCUGACAGCUGAAGAACGAAGUGGGUUUUACUGUGAGAUGUGAUUGAUCUGCAGUUCUGCAAAAUCAUUUUGCAUAUUACUGGAUUCUGCAACAACUCUUCCACCUCAUCAUACAUAACAUCUUCCAUGGGUCCACUCCCACUAUGUAGGAAUAAUCUGUAGCCCCAGGGUCAUUCACAUGUUGUAAGGUCCCCACUUUAUAGGACACAUCUGUAGCCCCAGGGUUACAUGUGCAAUUCACAUGUUGUAAGAUCCCCACUAUAUGGGACACAUCUGUAUCCCCAGGGUUACAUGUCUCAUUCAAAUGUUGUAAGGUCCCCACUAUGUAGGACACAUCUGUAGCCCCAGAGUUAUAUACAAACCGAAUUCCAAAAAA